UCCAUCUGCGCGAAAGGAAAUACGCCCGCAUCACCUCAACCUUCGCCGGGCCUCAACUCUUCGCAGUGUAGCACAUCGAUCUUCCGGUUCUUCUCCACAACACCCACAGCACCUCAUGCAGCCGCACCUACGCCACGACACCCGCAGCACCUCAUGCAGCCGCAUCUCCCCACCGGUGCUUCGUUUAGAACACCAGACCCAUCCUUCCCUCCACCUAUCGCCUCCAUUGCUCCAAGGGGAGCACGAGCGGAUGGAGGCGCGCUGGUUCCAGAUCUAAGCGCCAUCCCUCCAUCCCCUGCGCCGGCGGGAGCAACGGCACGCCGCACGCGCCGAUCGACCGGACCCAUCCCUCCAUCCCCUGCACUGGUUCCAGAGGGGAAAAUCCCUAUGUGUGCGCCAACAAAUCGUAGAGAAAGGAAAGAAAACAAAUCAGGGAGAAAGGAAAGAGAUGCCUCGGUGCGACAGAAAGGAAAGAGAUGGCUCGAUCUGAUCCCGGCGGAAAUCAGAGACCCCUUCUCCCUCGAUACGCGAAAUUACCCCCCCGCACGCGCGUGGUACCCCGCUACCAAUCCAACCUUAGCCGUGGCAGAUCGACGCUUUCACCAGGAACCACAGUAGAUCCGCAGGGGCUAGAGCAUGCACUUGAAUAUAUUCGAGAAAACUAUGGAAACUUGCCACUAUAUAUCCAGGAAAAUGGCAGUGGAACACUGGAUGGAACCCUGGAUGAUAUGGAGAGGAUUGACUGCUUGGCAAAAUAUAUAGCGGCCACACUAAAAGCCAUCAGGAAUGGUGCGAAUGUGAAGGGAUAUUCCGUUUGGUCAUUCAUGGAUCUCUACGAGUUAUUUGGUGGAUAUAACACUUGGCAUUACGGACUUAUUGCCGUCGAUUUCAGCAGCGCAGAACGGAGAAGGCAGCCGAGGCGCUCUGCUAGCUGGUACUCAGACUUCCUGAAGAACAAUGCUGUCAUCAGGGUGGAGGAUGGCUCCUCUGUCUCUGCAGCUGCUCAUGCUCAACUCUGAGUGCUGCCUCUCCCAAGUCCCAAACCAUAUGUAUUCUAUUCUCCCAGUGAUACGAUGAUGUAUUUUUCAGUAUUCAAAGUUGAGAAGUUGUGAAGGUGUACUACUCUGCAAUGUGCAAGCUACUGGGAGUUCUUGCUGCUAUAUUUCUUCAGUGCAGAGUGGUGUACAAAAUUUCGUUCAUGAUAGAUAACACAUAGAACGGAUGAUUGGUGA